CCUUGUUCCCUACCAUUACCCCCAAAUCCCCUCAUCAAAGUUGAGAGAGAGAGAGAGAGAGAGAGAUAGCGUUAGAGAGAAAGAGAGAGAGAGCUCGAGGGAUCGGCCAUGUCGGGGAGGGGGAAAGGGGGGAAGGGGUUGGGAAAGGGAGGGGCGAAGCGCCACCGCAAGGUUCUCCGGGACAACAUCCAGGGGAUCACGAAGCCGGCGAUCCGGCGCCUGGCGCGGCGCGGCGGCGUGAAGCGCAUCAGCGGCCUCAUCUAUGAGGAGACGCGCGGCGUGCUCAAGAUCUUCCUCGAGAACGUCAUCCGCGACGCCGUCACCUACACUGAGCACGCCCGCCGCAAGACCGUCACCGCCAUGGACGUCGUCUACGCCCUCAAGCGCCAGGGCCGCACCCUCUAUGGCUUCGGUGGUUGAACGCUCUCCCUCUCUCUCUUUCCCUUUGCCAUUUUGAUCGUUGUGUUAGUGUACGUGAGAUUGGAAAAGGAUGGAUCUAAUAUGGAUCGUAGUUAGCUUCCGAUUUUAGGGUUUUUUUUUUUUUUGUGGGAUGUGGCUAGGUGUUUGAUAUGAAUGGAUGUGGUUGUGCUCUCAAAUGUGAACAAGGACUUUUACCUUACAAUGAGAUAUUUUCUUAUUUAUUUGAUGUUUUAUGUGCUUCUCAUUGGGCCGGAUGGGAUAGACAGUAAAGUGUAAUUUACGUUGGUGAGCCCUCUGAUUUGGUUUGUUUUUGGGUCUUAUUGUUGUAUCUCAAUUGAACCGUGUUAGGAUGGAAUGCUAAGUUUCUGUUUAGAUUUGUUUUGGAUC